UGCUUCGUCUUUCUGGGAGGGAAUGGGUCUGACACGUACGAUGAUAUGGCUGUACGGCCACACAUGCGACGCUGGGUGGACUCCUGUGGGGAUCGGUCUAGACCAUCGCGAUCAGUCACGGUCUCGACUUUCAUCCACUGAUUGUGGUGUACCAGCUUCUAUAGGUAAAGUCCCUCCUUCACCACACAAUCAGCAUAGGAUGUCUGGAGAAUUGUAAGCAAAUGAGCCUUACAAGGAGUGUCUCACCACGUCCCAGAUGAGUCCAACCCGUGAAAACUUCUGGUUUUAGC